AGCAACACGCAGACUGUGUGUCUAUGAUAUUAUAGCAAUUUAAAUCAUUAAUAAGUCCAAGCAUGUUUAAACCAGAGCACACUCUUCGUGUUAUUUGUAACGUGAUCUAACAUGUACAACAGCAUUUGGGCUGUAUCGUACUGACAGUGGAGUUUGACCCACGAAACUGCAAAGUAAUAUUGAAAUACAUUGCUCUUCCUUAGGAAAAGAAAAAACACUUUAUUGAAAACAAGUUUGAAAAUGACAAGUCAAAGGUCGAUUGAAGACGGCAUCAUAUCAGCAGAGAAGGAUAAUACCUUGACUCAGUUUUCUUAUUGGUGAAGAACUAGGGUUGACUUGUACGCAAGCUAUAUGGAAAAUUCAAGAUUUCUUGGCCAAAAAUAGUAACCUGUGUUAACGCAAAUGCUGUGCCUCAGUGGUAGAAAUUAUCCUUCAACAAAGCCGUAUUGAUGAGUGCAGGACUCCUAUUCUUCAUUCCACUGACAUUGAGGAAGUCUCCUUUUUUAAACAAAUAAGUCCCCAGUUCGGAACUAGGAAGAAAGAAAAUGUUGCAGUUGGCAGAGUUGGUGUACCUUCUAGUUUAUCUGUGUACAGUAUGGAAUAUGUUCAUCUCUUUCAGAAUAUGUGAUGCUGUGCCAUUGCAGUCAGAAAGGAACGCAACAAGUAUUUCACAGUCGAGGCCUUGCUGGGAAAAAGAAGAAUUCAGCAUUAUAAGAGAAUGUACUCCGUGUCAUGAUUAUGAAAAGACUGUGCACAUGGAAUGUACAUUUACUGGAUUUGUCGAAGAAGUAAAGUGUAUAUCAGACCAAAGGUAUAGGAGCUGUCGUUCAGUUGAAAUGGAAGAACUGAAGUUCUGGAAGUUUGAAGGAAUUAUGGUUUUGCUGGGGGUAAUCUUUGCUAUUAUUGUUAUGUUUAGACAAAGAACCCUAGAUAGACGUGCAGAACAAAAGGUGCAACGACAACUUGGUGUGAUUUAAUUACUUCGUAACUUUACUGAUGUUUGAAAGUUUUUUGGAGAGAAAGAAUACCUUGCUUCUGAAUUAACUUUUCCUUAUGUUGAUUCUCAACGUUGUGUUCAUUCUAAAAAAUCUGACCCAUAUACAUUGCAGAAAUGCAACAAUUCACAUUUUUGUUUUCCUUCAAGUAUUGUCAAUUUCCAGAUGAUUAUAAACAUUGAUGUAAUUAUAUAGCAAAGCCACUACUAGUUACACAAUGUACAAUAUUUAUUGACAAAGUUGUUGUAAUAUAAACUCUAUUUAUAUAGAAAAUUAAUAAAAUAGUUUGCAAUUCUGUUCGUAUUGUUUUGUCUUGUUUUUACAAGAUGUCAUUUGAAGCAACACUUUCUUCUGUAUAAAACUGCUGAAAUUGGGCAUCGGCACUGAUUUGCAAUUCUUGUACCGUGUAAAGUUUUUUUUUGUACUGAACAACUUUGUAUUCCUUUCUCACUGUGCUUACCUCAGCAGGAAUGUAAUUUAAAUGUUGUUGUAAAACACAAUUUUGAAUGUGUAUAUGUUGUCUCUUGGGUCUUGUU